CCCGCGUCCGCGAUGGCUCUUCUCCGGCGAGACGCCCUGGUACCCAGGCAGCUGCUGCGGUUGGUUCUGUUACACACGGUCUGGGAGGUGGGGAGCGGCCAGGUCCGUUAUUCCGUGCCGAAGGACUCCAAACACGGCACCUUUGUGGGUCGCCUGGCCCAGGACCUGGGGCUGGAGGUGGCGGAACUGGUGCCUCGGAUGUUCCGGAUGGUCUCCAAAGACAGGAGAGAUUAUUUUGAGGUAAAUUUGCAGAACGGCGUUUUGUUUGUUAAUUCGCGAGUAGACGGGGAAGAGCUGUGCGGCCAGAGCCCCCUGUGCGCCAUUGACCUGGAGGUGAUAGUGGACAAACCCCUGAGGAUAUUUCACGUGGAAGUGGAGAUACAGGAUAUAAAUGAAAAUGCUCCUGUUUUCUUGGUACAAGCGCAAAAUCUAGUUAUCUUAGAAUCGAGACGGUCGGGUUCGCGAUUCCCACUAGAGGGCGCGUCUGACGCAGAUAUCCAUAGAAACUCUCUGCUAACCUAUAAACUCAGCCUAAAUAAUUAUUUAACUUUAGAUGUGCAAGUAAAAAAUUACCACAGUACAUUGGCGGAACUCGUGCUUAAGAAAUCUCUGGACAGAGAGGAAAUUCCUGAGCAUCGUUUAUUGUUCACCUCCACUGACGGGGGCAAACCGGGGCUCACAGGCACAGUUCAGCUGGUGAUCACUGUGCUGGAUGCGAAUGAUAACGCGCCUGUAUUUAACCAAUCUGUUUAUGAGGUGAGUUCGUUAGAAAAUGCAGGUCAUGGAACGUUAGUCAUUACACUUAAUGCGACGGACUUGGACGAAGGAAUUAAUAAAGACAUUUCAUACUCCUUUAGUGAUCUCCCAUUCAGUGUGAGAAAAUUAUUCAGCAUUGAUGCUUAUACUAGUGAGAUCCGACUUAAAGGAGAAGUCAAUUAUGAAGUCAAAACCCUGUAUGAAAUUCGAGUGGAAGCCAGAGAUAAAAGCCCGUUUCCUUUGGCUGGACAUUGCAAUGUUUUGGUGGAAAUUUUGGAUAUUAACGAUAAUGCCCCUGAGUUAACAAUAACGUCUCAUUCUCUGCCGGUUCCAGAGGACGCUCCCCCGGGGACAGUGGUGGCUCUUAUUAGCGUCUCUGACCGGGACUCGGGAGACAACGGCAAAGUCACCUGCUCCAUCCCCCCGAACCUGCCCUUUCAGCUCGUCUCCACCUUUAAGAAUUAUCACUCGCUGGUGCUGGCGGAGGCCGUGGAUCGGGAGCGAGUGUCUGAAUAUAAGAUCCUGGUGACAGCCAGAGACGAAGGGGCCCCGUCUCUCUCGGCCAGCAGUAGCAUUUUGGUGCCGAUCGCGGAUGUGAACGAUAACGCCCCCGCUUUCGCUCAGCCCGUUUACACGGUGUUUGUGAAGGAAAACAACCCGCCCGGGGCCCAUCUCUUCACCGUGUCGGCCUCGGACCCGGCCCUGAGGGAAAACGUCUUUGUGAACUACUCGGUGGUGGAGCGAAGUGUGGGAGUGUCCAGCUACAUCUCGGUGCACUCGGAGAGCGGGCACAUCUAUGCCUUGCAGCCCUUUGACUCCGAGGAGCUGCAAGUGCUGCAGUUCCAGGUGAGCGCGAGGGACGCCGGGUUCCCGUCGUUGUGCGGGAACGUGACUGUGCAGCUCUUUGUCCUGGAUGAAAAUGACAACGCGCCCGCAGUGUCCCCGGCUGGCUCCGGCCGCGGCUCGCCAGGGCCCGAGCUGGUUCCGCUGUCGGCCGGCGCAGGGCACGUGGUGGGCAAGAUCCGAGCGGUGGAUGCGGAUUCCGGCUACAACGCGUGGCUUCGCUACGAAGUGCAGGAGCCCAGGGCUGCGGGGCCUUUCCGGGUGGGUGUGUACAGCGGGGAGAUCAGCACCACGAGGGCCUUGGAGGAGGCGGACGGCCCCAGCCAGAGACUCGUGAUCCUGGUGAAGGACCAUGGGGAGCCGGCGCUGUCAGAGACAGUCACUUUCAGCCUGUCCCUAGGGGAGAGUCCCCAGGCUGUGAAAUGGGACUCGAGGCAAAGGGGCAGGAUCGAAGGGUCCUUGGUUGACAUGAACGUGUCUUUAAUGAUCGCCAUUUGCUCGGUGUCCGGGCUGUUUGUGCUGAUGAUUGUCGUGUACGUUGGCCUGAGAUGCCACCCGGGUCCGGAAGUGAUGUGCGAGCCUGGGAAAGCCACCGUGGUGUGCUCGAGCGAAGUGGGGAGUUGGUCCUAUUCCUAGCGCCAGAGCCGGAACUUGAGUGUAGGGGAAGGCACCGCCAAGAAUGACCUCAUG